AUGACCGUCUCCAUCCAGAUACGACCCCACUCCGAUUCGCUAGACAUGCAUGGAGAGCCAGACAAGUCGACUGCGUAUUCGCUUUCCGGGGACAUCUCCAUUUCCCUGUCGUCCUCGUCCUCUUUCUUCGAGCGCCGCAAAACCGUCAAGCUCCUUCUCCAGUCUCUUGUCAUCGAGCUUGAGGGUCAGUGCGAACUCAUCACGCCUGAGACAGGUUAUUCGCCAUACCGCAUCUGCUGCUUUUCGAAAGAGCUCGUAACGAGUGAGCCCAUCGAGCUGUGCAACGAGGGUCACGAAGACGCGAAUGUACCCUGCGUCUGGAGCGUCGCUUUCAAUCUCGUCGUACCCGGCUGGCUGCCAGCUACGUGUGAAUUUGGUAAUUGCGACUAUGGCGUAGCUGGCACACGCUAUGCUCUGUAUGCCACUGCGAGAUUUCUUAACGGUGAUGAAGGCUCCAGCAGAUCCUGGUUCUCAUCUUGUUGUGCCCCUUUCCGCUCCCGUUCCCGAGUUAUCUCUGCACUUCGCUGUGACGUCUCUGUGAAUCGCUUCAUUAGCAGUGUCUCAGAAGAUCCUUUGUCCUCGACGUCGUCACGUCCUACCCUCGACUACACCAUCUGUGCUGAUGACCAGAUCAAGGAUUCUACGAUGACCAUACCAUUCAGCGUAAUAUCUAAAGUCCGAGCCACGGUGUCUGUUCCGGAUUACACGGAUAUGACUGACUCGUCGUUCCCGGUUUGCUUGCGACUACGCACAAACGGACUUGAAGAGGCCGAAUGCAAACGGCUUCGUGUCACUGACUUCGCCAUUGACAUGGAACAGGUCGAGCUGUAUCGCACUGCUCCGGCUUCGACAUACGAGACGAAAUACCCGUUCCCACCUGCAUCAGAGCAGCCUCCUCGGAGACCUUUGCGCUCACCGCACCCCAUGCAGGCGAUCUAUGAAGUUGGCCUUGGUCCCGCCGCUCCUUCGAACCGCGUUUUUUCACAUUCAUUCUCGCUUCUCCCACAAGAAGCCUCCGGUCGCUACGCACUAUCUGGUGAUGGUUAUAUCUUCUCCGAAGACAACAACCCAGAGCGUUCCAUCUCCUGGUACGCAAUCCGCACCCGUAUACCCGUCGAGCACGAGUUGCCGGGGAUGCGCCGACUACGCCCUAGCGGUCAGAGCCCGCUCUUCAAUGUGGUUCACCGCAUACGCAUCAGGGUAACAUGCACGUACGACUUGACGGACGGGCCUGAACCCAAGCGCGCAACCGAGCAGCUAUGUUUCGAGAUUCCCAUUCGCUUUGCGCGGUUCCGCUCGGCUCACCCGCUUGCGCUGACACCGACGGCGCUCUCGUGGCUCUCGGGACAUUCCCCGACGUGCUCCCUCGAGUCUCUGAGCAGCGUGUCGCUAGAGUCGGCGGGAAUCACGACGCCCGUGACGAGCUCGCCGUACGCGCAGACGCUCCCCGCGUACUCACAACUAUUCGAUAUGAAUGGGGAUCGCAAGAUCGAUUAUUCCGUGCCCCUCCCCGUGUACACGCCCACAUCUCCCUCUUUCCCCUGGUCUCCGCCUGACAUCUUUUGA